AUUUCAGCACCGUCCCUAUAUUCCUCCUCAUCAUGGCAUCUUUAGGGUCCGCCGUUACCUCAUUGAAAUCCUCGCUGUCUCUGCUAGAUUCCAGCAUCUCCAUCCUCGAUCAAGGCGUAUCUGACUUUCCUCGUCUAUGCAAGGUUCUCCAGACUCAACAACAUUUUGAACUCCUGGCCGAGCCUACCCUGAAAGAGGCACAACAAUCCCUGGUUGAUGAAAUAGUUCCUGCGAUUCACCAGUUAGUGUCCACUGCCGAGAGACAUGUUCACCAACUUGAGAGAAAAGAGGCUAGUCUACAGGCGAGAUCAGAACUACUGGAAGGUAGACUAAACAAUGAUCGGAGGAACUCAAGCCUUGGUGGCAACACUCUGCCCUUUCGAAGUCUCAAAUCCACCGCCUCCUCCGGGACUGGUCUGUCCGACACCAAAUCACUCGAGAUGAAGCGUUUACAACAGAAGAAAGAGAGACUGCAAUAUGCCAUUGACAGGCUCGAGUUACAGAGCAAACAACGCGAGAGAGAAUUGAGGAAGAGCAUGGCAUUCGUGGGCGAAUGAGCUUGGAAUCUGGUCAGAAGGUCAUGACGUUGUGGAAUCGUUCUCGAUCACACAAUCCAAAGCUGCAAGGACGAGCCCGCAGCGUCCUGAUCCAUUGGACUUUCAUUAUCCUCGAUAAGCUACAGCCUUUUUCUAUCCAACAAUUACCUUCCAGCCAGUUGUGCGCCACAACAGAACGUCAAGACAUGUCGUCACAGCCUAGGAAUUCGAAACCCACUAGAUUGACACCGUCACCAUCAUCCUUGCUUCAAUUCUAGCCUGUCCCGCAAGGUGAAUACACGCGGAAAUAUACGCUUUCAGAUUUCCACCUCCCGCUCCCUGAGAUUUGGCAAUCCAUCAACAAUCCGGAACACUGACAGGAAUAUUCAAUGGGACACUGGUGGCCAAGCCACUGAGGCUGGUCUCUUUGAACUCGUCUUUCAUGCCUUUGGCAGUGAGGCGCAUGGCACGGAUGGCAUCGUCAAGCGAGACCUUUUGAAGACCGGCAACGCUGUUCAAGGCAAGGUUGGCGCUGGCGACGGCCUUGACGGCGCCAAGGGCAUUGCGUUCAAUACAAGGAGCCUGGACGAGCCCGGCGACAGGGUCACAGGUCAAACCAAGGUUGUGCUCGAUGCCGAUUUCCGCAGCUUGUUCGAUGGUCUCGGGUCCGGCACCCAUGCAGGCGGCAUACGCACCGGCGGCCAUUGAACAUGCCACGCCCACCUCGGCCAUACAUCCACCUUCAGCAGCUGAAAUUGUGGCGCCGCGUUUGAAAAGUGAAGCGAUCGCCGCUGCCGUCAGCAGAAAAAUGGGGAUGUCGCGCUCUGGAUCGUCACUGACAAAUUCCACCACAUACUUUAGCACGGCGGGAAUGAUGCCCGCCGCUCCGUUGGUGGGUGCCGUUACCACCCGACCCCCGGCGGCGUUGGUCUCGUUGACGGCAAUCGCAUAGACGGUCAGAUAGUCCAUGGCUGGUAAUGUCGCGCUCCUUACUGGGGAGACGGAGAUGGGAUGAUUUAGGGAUCCUUGAAGUCGUGGUUGACGGCGACGUGGGGGAAAGGAUGCGGUGCGUCUGGUAGUCGGGGCUUGACUCGACGCCCCUGUUUGGGACACGAUUGCCGCCGCGUCCGUUCCUGUGGAUGAAGAAUCUUGCAGCUGUGGGGAGCUGCCGGAAGAUGGAGACCGUACCUGGUGAUGCUCUGGGUACAGGCCUCGAG